AUGACAACUCCGCGCAUCAGACCGCUAGAGGAGGCCGUCGUCAACCGGAUCGCCGCGGGCGAGAUUGUUCUUGCUCCGUAUAGCGCGCUCAAGGAGCUGCUGGAGAACUCGAUCGACGCGCAGGCCACCUCCAUCGACGUCGCGUGCAAAGAGGGCGGGCUCAAGCUACUGCAGAUCACCGACAACGGCGUUGGCAUCGCGAAAGACGACCUUGCGCUCGUCUGUGAGCGCUUCACCACGUCGAAGUUGCGCAGAUUCGAGGACCUCCAGCACAUCGCCACAUACGGCUUCCGUGGGGAAGCCCUCGCCAGUAUCUCCCACAUAGCGCAUGUGUCGCUCGUGACUAAGACCCGCGACAGCCCGUGUGCGUGGCAGUGUCGCUACGACGCCGGCCGUCUGGACGCGCGCACGCCCGAGCCGCAGCCCGUGGCAGGCACCGACGGCACCACGCUCGUGGUGGAGGACCUUUUCUACAACUUCCCGUCGCGUCUGCACUCGUUGCGGCCACCGGCCGAGGAGUACGCCAAAAUAGUCGACAUUGUGAGCAAGUACGCCAUCCACGCAACGCACGUGGGGUUCACUUGCAAGAAGUACGGAGCCGCAGCCAACGACAUCGCCCUGCGCUCGGGCAUGUCCCAGAAAGAGCGUGUUCGCGCAAUUUACGGCUCUGCCGUGGCCAGCGAGCUUCUGGGGCUUGAAGUUGAGCCGCACGCCGAGUACGGUCUCUUGAAGUGUACCGGACUCAUCACCAACGUCAACUUCGACAACAAGAAGAGCACGCCGCCGAUCUUCUUCAUCAAUGGCCGGCUGGUCAGCUGCGACCCGCUGCGCAGAGCUAUUACGCAAACAUACAGCACGUACCUCCCCAAGGGCCACAAGCCGUUUGUAUACCUCUCGCUGGAGCUGGACUCUGUGAACGUGGACGUGAACGUUCACCCGACAAAGCGCGAGGUGCGGUUCCUGUUCGAGGACGAGAUAGUUGACCAUGUUGCGCAGAAAAUCGCGGACGUUCUUGCCAACACCGACGUUUCGCGCACUUUUCUGACCCAGCAGCUACUUCCGAGCCCGAAACGUUCUGCAACCGCGGACGUUGCGUUUUCGACGCCAAAAAAAAUGCGGCCGCUGCCUUCGCUCAGCCAGUACAAGCGGCCGAGCGAGCACAAGCUGGUGCGGACGGAUUUCUCGCAGCCGACACUGACGGCGUACGCGAGGCAGAAAGCCAGCGCCGACAGCGCGCAGAGUCGCACAGAGCCCGCCAAAGUGAAGCUGAAGAGCAUUUUCGAGCUCAAAGAGGAGGUCGAGCAGGCUGCAGACGACCGGCUCGCCGAGGUGUUGUCGAAAAUGACGUUCAUCGGCGUUGUCGACUCUCUGAAACGGCUGAUGUGUUUCCAGCACGACAUCAAGCUGUACAUCGCCGACUACGGGGCUCUGUGCUACGAGCUGUUCUACCAGGUCGGGCUGGCCAAUUUCAGCAAUUUCGGCUGUUUGCGUCUUUCCCAGCCCGUCAGCAUUGCAGACUUGCUGCUGGAAAACGGGCUCGCGGACCAGAUGGACGAAGUAAUUCAGGUUUUUGUCGAGAUGAAGGAUAUGUUGAAGGAAUACUUCUCCAUCGAGAUCGACGGCGACGCGCAGGACCCGAAAAUCGCAACUCUGCCGUUGCUGGUGCAGGGCUACGAGCCGGAUCUUUCCAAGCUGGCCCUUUUCCUGUACAGGAGCGGCACGAAGCUGGACUGGGAGGACGAGAAGAAGUGUCUUGGUGGUCUGCUGCAGCAGCUGGCAUUGCUGUACGUGCCAGCGGCCAGCGAAAACGACGGCAAGAUUGCCGAGCUGCUCGAGACGACGAUCUGCCCUCUGCUACAGAAACGGCUCAUCCCCAACGCAGGGCUCGCGCGGGACGUGGUGGAAAUCGCCAACCUGCCGGGCCUGUACCGUGUUUUUGAACGGUGCUAG